AUGCCGGAAGAUAUACGAAAGACUCAUGUUUUAACAACAAUUGCUAAUUAUUUCGGGUUUGAUCAGGAUUCAAUUUCAUCUUUAUAUAAUCAUCGUGCAUUGGGUAAUUUUCUUGAUGAUGCAAAUUGUCCAUUGCUUUCCGCUACACGUGGUCAUAAACAUUCUGUUGAUCUUGCAAAUGAAAUUAAAACCAAUGAAGGUACACAAAGUCUUGUUCAAUUCAAAGUUCGACCUGAUAUCAUAACACCAGAAAAUGUUCAUACAAAUAUAUUUCUAUCAUCAAUGGUUGAUUCACCAUUAGAUUCUCUUUAUUAUAUAGUUAAAUCUAUUUUUACACCAGCAAUACGUGAUGAUAAAUCAAGUAAUUCUUCAAAUCAACAAAUUCAAACAUCAUUAAAUGAACUUGAACAAGUUCUACGUGCAGCAGGCAAAAAAAGUAAUAAAUCAUCAAUAGGAAAUGUAUUUCAUCCGAAAGAUGAAAUUGAUUAUUGGUCUAAUAUUGCCAGAGAUACAUCAAAUAAAGAUAAAGAUAUUGAUCGAGCAAAAUAUUUUCUUGAAUUGUUCGACCCAGUUAAAGCAGAUUUUAAUAAACUUGAAAAUUUAUCUUUUGUUCAACUUCUCGAUGUUAUCGAUAAAGCACAAGAUGUUUAUGAUGAAUUAUGGAAACAAGUUGAAUAUGAUGAAUAUCCUGAACAACGUAUGAAACAUUUAUUAUCAAUAACAUCUCAUGCAUUUGUUCAAGCUAUACAAAAACAAUUACUAAAAAUUGAUUUAUGGUUAGAUUCCAAAGAUUCAAUGAAAAAUCGUGAAUAUAUACGUAAUAGUAUAACGAUUUGUGAACGAUGGUCACUUGCUGUUGAACAAUUAACAGGUACUUAUUGGCGUAAUUAUAAUCCUCAUUUAUGGAAAGGUGAAGUAUUUAAACCAACAUAUUUACUUCAAUUUAAAAAACGUUUAAAUGAAAUAAUAAGUAUUCGUUCAUCUUAUGAACAAAGUAUGCGUUUUAGUUCAUCGGUAAAUAAAGAAAAUUUAUCUGAAAAAAAAGUCUUCGCACCAUUUAUGAAUUUUAAUGCUAUACAAAUUGAUUCUUAUACUGAUUCACAAUGGUAUUUUGCUACGAAUCAAUUCGAAAAUUUAAUGGGAAAUACAGAUCGUGAUGUUGCAAAACAAUUACGUGAACAUUUUCAAAGAAUACGUUCAAAUCCUCAACAAAUGUUAGUGGAUUUCAAACGUUAUAGUGAUUUAAUUCAACGUGAAACAAUUCGAAAAGAAUUAGCUUCUGAACGAGAAUUACUUUUAGGUCAAUUAGAAAGUGAUAUAAGAAGUUUAACAGAUGAAUUAAAUAAUUUAACAAAUGGAAGAAUAGGUAUGGGUGGAAAUAAAAAAUCGAUUACAAGAGGAGUUAAUCGAACAAUUAUUGCAGCUUCACUUGAUGCAAGUCGACAAAUUGAAACUAAAGUUGAUAAUAUAAUUAAUGAUGGAGAGAAAUUAUUAGGUGAUUUAACAGGUUAUGCACGUGUUUCAUCAUUAGCAAAACAAUUAAAACAAGAUUUAAUUGAUUGGCGAAAAGAUAAAUUUCAUGAAUGGUGUCAAGAUACAAUCCGUGCAAUUGAUGAUCCAAAACAAGAAUUAAGUCUUGAAACAAGUGGUCGUUUAAUGGAACUUAAUUCAAGUGAUGGAAAAUUACGUGUACUUUACGGUGAUCGAUUAGUUACAUUACUUAAUGAAGUUCGACAAUUAUCAUCACUUGGUUAUGAUAUUCCAUCGAAAAUUAAUAAAUGUGUUGAUAUUGGAAAGAAAUUUUAUCAAUAUGGAGUUGAACUUCAAGCUAUCGCUCAUUUUUAUAAUACAAUUGAUACUGAAAUGAUUCCAAGUCAACAAUCAAUGAUGCUUGAUUUAGCAAAAGCUUUUGAAAGUCUUGUUAAAGAUCCAAAAGUAUCUCAACGAGGUGUUGGACGUGAUGCAAGUGGUCAAAUAACUUGGGAUAAUCCUGAACAAUUAACACGUUAUAUAUCAACACUUCGUGGAACAGCUGAAAAACUUAAAACAGAAAAUUUAAAAUUACGUCGUCAUCAUUUAACAAUUCAACAAAUAGUUUGUUCAUUAAUGAAUACAGAUUUAUUACGUGAACCACAUAAAUGGCAUCAACAAGUUCAAGAUAUUCGUAAAAUAAUGGAUACAUUAACAAAUGAAGGAUAUUCAGCAAAAAAUAUGAAACCAUGGCGAAGUUUUUGGGAUCGACAAUUAUAUAAAGCACUUGAUCUUCAAUAUACAAAUGGUUUAAAAGCAUUAAAUGAAAAUUUACCUGAUAUUAAAAUUGAUCUUAUAUUUGGGGAAAAAACUAUUCAGUAUAAAUUGCCAAGUUCACUUCAAGCUCAAUCAAGUAUUGAAGCAAUUAAAGCAACAUAUUAUCGUGAAAUGAAAAGAUUUUUAUCAAUACCAUUAACAUUUAAAGGUUGUAGUGAUGUAUCAUCAUCUGGUAAACAUUUAAUAUUUCAAAGUAUAAUGUCACUUCAUAGUGACGAUAUUAUUGCUUGUUUUUAUACAUCAAAUGAAUUAUUUCUACGAUUAGAACAUGGAUUAGAUCAAUUUAAAGAAUGGAUCGUUUUAGGACAAGUUAAUAUUGAAGAAUUAGUAGAAAAAAAUUUACAAGAUGUUGAAGAUUGGGAAAGAAAUUUUCGAGCAUUAAAAAUUCGUGGACAGGAUGCAGAAAAAUUACCAAAUGAAGUACGUUAUGAUUGUUUUGUUGUUAAUAUAAAUCCUCUUAAAUUAACUAUUGAAAAUCAAUUACGACGUUUACAUGAUUCAAUGUUAAAUUAUCUCAAACGUUCAAUUAUUCGUGAUGCAAAUAUAAUUGAUACAUUUGUUGAUCAAGGUUUUGAAAAUUUAAAAGAUCGUCCACAAACACUCGAUGAAAUAAGUGAAUCAUAUAAAAAACAUGAAGAAUUAAAUUUUAAACGUAAAGAUAUUCUACCAUUAUAUCAACGUCUUGAAUCAAAAAAUAAAUUAUUACGUUCGGUUGCUGGUAGUGGUCAUGAACAAUUAAUUGAAUUACAAACAAAAUUAGAUAAAUUUGAAUCAAUGAUGGAUUCACAUAUUGAAAUGAUUAAUGA